AUGGAUCAGGGAAAUCAUACCAGAGUGAAAGAAUUUAUUUUCCUGGGCAUUACCCAGUCUCGAGAGCUCAGCUGGGUCUUGUUCGUCUUUUUGUUCCUGGUUUACAUGACGACUCUGCUGGGAAACCUCCUCAUCAUGGUCACGGUUACCCGGGAAUCCCGCCUCCACACCCCCAUGUACUUCCUGCUCCGUAACCUGUCGGUUCUUGACAUCUGCUUUUCCUCCAUCACAGCUCCUAAGGUCCUGGCUGAUCUGCUCGCAGAGAGGAAGACCAUCUCCUUCAACGGCUGUGUCUCUCAGAUCUUCUUCUUCCACCUGCUCGGGGGAGCGGAUGUCUUCUCCCUCUCGGUCAUGGCCUUUGACCGCUACGUGGCCAUCUCAAGGCCCCUCCACUAUCUGACCCUCAUGAGUCGGGGGCGGUGCACUGCCCUCAUCGUGGCCUCCUGGGCGGGGGGCUUCGUCCACUCCAUCGUGCAGAUCUCCCUGCUGCUCCCCCUCCCCUUCUGCGGACCCAACGUCCUGGACACUUUCUACUGCGACGUCCCCCAGGUGCUCACACUCGCCUGCACAGACACCUCCUCUCUGGAGCUCCUGAUGAUUUCCAACAAUGGAUUAGUCAGUUGGUUCAUAUUCUUCUUUCUCCUCGUCUCCUACACAGUCAUCCUGACGAUGCUGAGGUCCCACUCCGGGGAGGGCAGGAGGAAAGCCGUCUCCACCUGCACCGCCCACAUCACGGUGGUCACCCUUCACUUCGUGCCCUGCAUCUACGUCUACGCCCGGCCCUUCUCCGCCCUCCCCACCGAUAAGGCCGUCUCCGUGACCUUCACUGUCAUCUCCCCUCUGCUGAACCCCCUGAUCUACACCCUGAGGAACCAGGAGAUGAAGGCAGCCAUGCGGAGGCUGAGGGGGAGACUCGGGCAUUCAGAAAGGGUUUAG